AUGGAACUGCAGAAUUCGUCACAGCCGCACGAUCAGCGGCAGGAAGAGGAGCGCCGGCCGACUUUUCAACACCCCAAUCUCCACCACAUCAUCCCCUCGUCUUCCACGCCCCCGCCGAGGACGGCUUCCAGCACUCCCAUGACGUCGCCAGGACUCUUUAGCCCGUCCAUCCCAGGACUCGGGACUACACACAGCUUGCCCGCUCCAUCCGCCUCCGACUCGAACACGCCCACAGGCGAGACGAACAGCCCGUACCUGCACCCUCUGCAGCAUCACAAAGUUAGGGAAACUCACAAAGCCUUGAUCGACUCGGACAGCAUUACCGGCCGGAAACUCAUCAAUCAAUAUGAGGUCAUCGAGGAGAUUGGUCGAGGUAUGCACGGCAAGGUCAAGCUGGCGCGCAAUCUGGAAACCGGCGAGAACGUGGCUAUUAAGAUCAUUCCCCGCUACUCCAAGAAACGCCGGCUUGGGAAGGUCAUGGCCAUGUCCCCCCACGACAAGACCAUGCGGGAGAUUGCCAUUCUCAAGAAGAUGCGCCACCCCAACGUCGUCUCGCUGCUCGAAAUCAUCGACGACCCUGAAUUGCGGAAGAUCUACCUGAUCCUCGAACAUGUUGAGCUCGGCGAGAUUGUCUGGCGGAAGAAGGGGUUGCCACACAUCUGCCAGGUCGAGCGCCGCCGUGUCGAGCGCGAGAUGCGAGGCGAGGCCCUCAGCCCCGAGGAGGAACGGUACAACAAGCUCCUGGAACAUCGCCAUGUCAUCAACGAGUUGAAGCGGGCCAAGAUGUCGCAAGCCAAUGCGAACCCACACGAACACUGGAGCAUGGAACACGGCGUGGCCGACGACUCCAGCUAUGCCUCGUCGCAGUCCCGCAUUCCCUCCGCCGACGAUCUCGCCGUCAUGUCCACUGCCGCCCGCCGAGGGUCCCCCGCCGGUUCCCUGCUUACCUCGUAUGCCGCCACUUCUGGGACACCCUCCGGCCCACCUUCCAGGACGUCCUCUGUAAGGUCCAUGGAUCGCUUCGCUACCGCUCGCACUUCUCGGAUGUCCGUUUCGGACGGCAGCGACAUCGAGACGCCGGGCGCCCCGAGAUCCAGCAACAACGGCCCGGCAGCAGUCCUCGAAGGGACCAUGUACGGCGCCUAUAUCGAAGAGGGGACCUCCCGCGGCCGGUCGCCCAGCAUGGCCGAUUCCAUCAUCUCACACAUGUCGUCGGUCGACUGGAGUUCCGCUACGCAUGAUCCCUUUGCCGAAGAUUUCUCCUACGUACCUUGUUUCACCCUCGAGCAGGCGAGGUCCGUCUUCCGGGACACCGUCUUGGGACUGGAUUACCUGCACUACCAGGGCGUGGUGCACAGGGACAUCAAGCCGGCCAAUCUGCUCUGGACCAAGGACCAUCGCGUCAAGAUCUCCGACUUUGGCGUGUCUUACUUCGGCCGGCCCAUCCGCGACGGCGAGCCCGACGACGAGUCUGUUUCCGAGUCGGAAGCUCAGGACUUCGACGACGAUCGCGAGCUUGCCAGAUCCGUUGGCACGCCCGCCUUUUUCGCCCCCGAGCUCUGUUACACCGACACGGAGCGACAGCUGCCCAAGAUCUCGGAGAUGAUCGACAUCUGGUCCCUCGGAGUCACCCUGUAUUGUCUGAUCUACGCCCGCAUCCCCUUCCAGGCCGAGGACGAGUGGGUCAUGUUCAGGAAAAUCGCCUACGAAGAGGUCUUCAUCCCGACGAAGCGACUCCGGCCUGUCGAUCCGGCCACUCGCCCGGACGUUCCGUCGCUCUACAAGCGACACAACCAGCCGCCCUACCGGGACGACAACGAGCUCGUCUACGAAGACAUUCCUGAAUCCCUCCUAGAGCUUCUCCGGCUCAUGUUCACCAAGGAUCCGGAUAGGAGGAUCCGGCUUAGGGACAUCAAGAGACACCCCUGGGUCCUGGAGGACAUCUCGAACCCGUCAUCCUGGCUUGAAGAGACCGAUCCCGCGCGGCCCUCCCAGGGCAGGAGGGUGCAGGUCGAUGCUCGGGAGGCCGCCCACGCCGUUGUUCCCAUCACCUUCCUCGAGCGAGCACGAUCGGCCGUCAAGAAGGCCGUCGGCAAAGUCAUGCACCCUCUGGUCGAACGCAGCGACAGCAAAUCGAGGCGCAGGGCCACGAGCAGUGUUGCCAGCUCCGCCGGGGACACUGCGCCGCCCGGGUUCGGUCAGUGGGACCGCCGCAAGAGCUUCAGGGGCGGUGACGAUUACUUUUCUAACGUCAAGGACUUUGCCCCGGGCGCCGAGCAUCCGCUGUCACAGAGCAUGGCCGCCCCAUCGUCCGAAGCCGGGUACGAUCCCCUGGCCACCGCCGUCCUGCCAACCCAUCCGCAGUCGCAACCGCAAUCGCAAUGGCCAAGCCCGUGGCACAACGAGGCGCGAAGGGUAUCACCGGAUGAUAAUAACGCCUUCACCCCGCCAGCCACUAACGAGCUACUAGCCAGUUCUGCGUCGUCUUCGCCGUCGCCCUCGUCAGCCGCUGCCAGGUCCUUGCAACGACACUUCAACUCAUUCCUGGCACUAACCCCAGACCCGCCACGCCAAGCGAGAACGGUACCGCCGACGCCUUCCAUCACCACCCGUGCCCACGGCAGGGAUCAGCACAAGCAGGACGACCUGACCUUCUCUCGCUCGGUCGACCGGGACUUAUUCUCCAGCACCGACAAGCGUGGUCAGCCCACGGUCGGCUUGACUGCUGCUCAGGUCCACGUCACCGACGCCAUGCACCGAAGUCCCGCACGGCCCAGGCCCGCUCACUCGGUAGAUCUGGGCAAGGCCAUGGCAGCUGGUCCCGCUCUUGCUUCGCCGCUCUUCUUCUGUCCGCAAGCUGUCAAUGGCUACCAGAACGGCCGACUUCAGCCAAUGGAACACACUGGGCACCCGGAAGACCGGCCGCAAACGGCGCACCGGGUUCUACAUAGCGAAGAAACCCCCGACGCGACCAAGACCCCGCCCCCUGAAACGUACAACACUUCGAGCAAUCCGUCCUCGUUCCGCUGCGCAAGGGAAGAGCUACAACGGCAGCAGAUUGCCGAGUAUGAACGGAGCCUCGUGGACCGGCUGGCAGAAGCCCAGCUCGAAACGAUUGUUGAUCCAGCUGAUGUGCCUUGUCCGCCGUCCCCAGGCGACGAAGAUGAACCGCGCUUUUCUCGGGGUACCACCAUGGAGACGUGCAAGUCGUCGAGGUCGACUUCGAUGGCGGGUCUGGCGACCCCGCUGACCAGCCCCAGCGAGUCGGCUAGCCCCAUGUCGUCGGUGUGCCCAUCGAAGGAACGCAUGUUGCCGUUCCAGUCGGACCCUUCGCUCCCGGCGCUGCUGAGCGGUGCCAGUUCGGUCUCGGCCGAACCGGAAACCGAGCUGCCUGUGAAUCCCGCCGCGGUCAGCGCCCGCCCGGAGUUGCUCGACACGACCGAAUCGCUCACGCCGCCCGCUCUCACCAAGGAACCCAUUGCCGGGUUCCCCAUCGAGGACUUGGAGAGGCAAGCCGCGCUGGACAGGAAAGACAGCGACAAUGGCGUCAUCGCCGUUCAGCUGGACUCGCACCAGCCGCCUACCGACAUUGCUUCGUGCACACCAAGGAUGCGGCCGUCGGACGAGUACGAUGACGACGAUGAUAGCGACAGCGACGGGGGGUUGCUGAUGGCCAAGCCGAAGAAGAAACCGCGUUGA